CACUCUUAGUUUUCUCAUCCACUGCUAAGUUUUAAGCUAUUUUUUCCUAGCAAAUUUUCCUGGUAAAGCCAUGUUUAGAGCCUUGAGUACAUGUGGAAGCCACCGGAGAUAUGAACGAUUAGGCGAUGAGCCUACCGCUGGUUUGUUGUUGGAGGCAAAGUUAAAGAGGGUUACAAGCUUGCCAGCUAAAAUGUUUGGUUCAUCAACCAAGUGUACAACAGAAUUGACAUUUCCAGACAAGUCUCAGGUGAAGCAAGCAAAAAAGGUUACCAAGAGCCAUCCACUCUUUAGUCUCUUUGAUAGUACUCGUCGUCGUCGUAAGAAGAAAACUACGGCCAGGCCAGAAUUCGCAAGGUAUCUUGAGUAUGUGAAGGAGGGAGGGCUCUGGGAUAUGAAUUCCAAUAAGCCUGUAAUCUAUUACACAUGAAAAAAAAAUGUACAACAAAAAAAAUUUGGGGUCGGUUAUAGAUUUUCAGUAGAAUAGUCACUGUCGACUAUAUGUAUUCUUUUCUGUCAUUCAAAUUAUUUGCUUGUGUAAUAUUUCAUCUGUAUAGGCAAAGCAAAAAUCUGGCUGAUACAUAAUAUGGCCAUAUUUCUUUUGUUAA